AUGAACGACACGAAGACGAUCAAUGUCGCCAAGAUAAACCGGGAAAGUGGCAAAACUUCAUUCAUUCACUUCAUGAAUGCGGCUCAAUUUGCGAAGAAAAUCGACUUCCUAAAAUCGGCUAUUCGACAUUUCACAAAUGCAUACAAGACCGUCGAAUUUCUCCGAUCUCGGCCAGGCAUUAUCGAAAAAAUCUCCAUCUCAAAGUCGCUCAGCAACUGCUACAAUCGGCUUGGAGAGCUGUACUACAAUUUGGCGAAAGAAGAGAAUCUUCCUUGCGAUGCCGCCCAUGACGUUGAAGCUAUGUUCACCAAACUCAAGCUCGAGAAGGGCGCUGUUUCUAGCUACGAGCAAGCUAUGGUCAAUUUUGUCGAGGCGGUUAGAUACGGAGCAUUGAGUUGCGAUUUUGCAGAUUCUAUCGAAACGGACCUUGAAAAGGAAAAUGACAAGAAAAUUGCUGUUUGCAUUAAUGCCCUCGAACAAAUAAAGGAAAUUUCCAGAUCCGACUACGACUUUAGCUUCAAAGAAAUUGCCCUACCCUAUUUGUCCGCAGGAUUGCUUCUUCUCCCAAAUCAUCUUCAAGUGAAGGCAGUGAGCUUGAUGGAAGUCUGUGAGCAGCUCAACUACGAAGGGCUGAAGUACAAGGAUUACCUUCGAGAAAUUCGUGCGACGCCGUAUGAAAACAUCGAGAACGUACGAACUUGGUUUCAGGACAAAACGAGGCUGGAGAUGUUAUUUCUCAAGGAAAUCGAGUCUCUCUUACCACAUGUCAACAAAGAGGUUCUAUCGGAGGAAAAGAAGGAUGAGCUCAACGAAAUGCUCUUGGAGCUUGAAGACAACCUCUCUCGAACAGCAGGCCUCCAAAACUUAUACCAAGCAAGGGAACUGAUGAGCAGAGCCAUCAAAAAUAGAAGACGUCAAGCAGGUGUUAUUGACGCGUUGGACCUAAUGAAAAGAGGAUAUGACCAGACUAUCGACAUCGACCAGAAAGCAAGAUGCGUUAUUGCCGCUGAGAUGGCGUACGUCUACGUCGAAUUUGAUGAGCGACCGCACGCUAAAAUCAAAGCCAAGGAGUACUACAAGGAGUGCAUGCGUCUGGCUCUCGAAAAUGGCUACACCAAGGAAUUCUACUGGUUGAAGAGAGCUAGAGAAUAUCUCGCUAAAGUCGCCGCGGAGAUGACUCAUUUUGGAGUUACAUUCAAGCCAUCCAAAAAGGGUGCCGAAGUUAUUGAGAGAUUCAAAAAAGAGGACUUCAGCAGCAAGCCCCCAGCGAAAUUCCUCAAUUACUUGGCUAGAAAUCACCCUCCGAAGAGAGGCACAAUGCCCAAAGUUACAGGAACCGCCGAAAACAUCAAGGACUGCCUUACAAAAGCGACGCGAUUGUAUCAUCCGGACAGAAACUCAAAAUACGAUGACGAUUGGAAGGCUCUCUGUGAGCAAAUUUCUAUGGUCGCGAACAACUUGUACUCCGGAUCCGUGAAGGGCAUCUAA